GCUAAUAUAUGUGUAUGUUAUAAAAUAUAGUACUGUUGGUUUAGUAUCUCAUAACACAAGUUUUGAUUUUACUUUGAGGCUAACUCAAUCUGUGUUAUUUGUCCGGUUGUCCCUAUAUAUUUAUUUGUUAUUAUUUAUUUUAUUUACUUUGUUUUAUAGGAUAUUUUCAAAACAUUUGAUUUAAAUGCCAUCAAAAUUUGUAGUUAAUAAACCCUUCGUUCUACUUAAGUUAUGAACUGGUAAAAUUUAUUUCAUUCAAACUUGUUUUAUUAGUCCUCCGGGAGGCAUUUACUGUUUUCAUUGGUCAAUCCACACAUCUACCAGAAAGCGCCAUUGUGAAGUUUCGCCGGCUGUGCUCUAUAUUGUGAUCAGCUGUUGGCAGCGGUUACUACGACACUUAAGUAAAAUCAUACAAAGAUGCUCCCGAGCUGUCGUACAUUCGUAGACGUUCUUCGGAGACGGACAUGUCCCAGGAGAAGACGCUGCUGGUGAACCCUAACUGCCCUAUUAGGAUCAUGCUGGAGUACAUCAGGAAGACUUGCAAGUUGGCAUCGUUCACAUGCUUCGACCUCUGCGACGAGACCGGCGCGCUCAUGGGGCUUUUCGGUCUCCCCACGUACGCGUACGCCACAGACCGCUUCGAGCAUAAGAAGACUUACUACCUCAUUGUAUUGAGACAGGACGCUGCCGACAAGCGUUCCUCAGUGCUACCCCAGCUGAACCACGACAACAAGUUAUACCAGGAACUCAAGCUAAGGGUCAAGUGGUUCAUCAUGAACGGGGAGUGCCUCAUCGGAAUCCAGUGUCAGGACUUCAGCAUGGUCGCCGCGGACCAGAUGAACACACAAAGCGUUUUGGUUUUGAAGAAUGAUGAGCAAAAACUAAUUCGGAUUGCUGACAACAUCGUCAUGGGCGUAAACGGCGAGAUGGGAGACAUCAGCCAGUUCACCCAGUUUGUGGAGAAGAACGUGCAGUUGUACAAGAUGAGGAACGAGUACGGGCUGAACACGGCCGCUACGGUGCAUUUCACGCGACAGAACUUGAGCGAAUUCUUGAAGAGCGGGAACCCCUACGUGAUAAACAUGCUGAUCGCGGGUUACGACCCCGGAGUUGGCGGGCAGCUGUACACAAUGGACUUCCUGGCCGCCUCAGUCAAGGUACCCUUCGCCUCUCAUGGGUUUGGAGGCAUCCUGUGCAUGGGCCUUCUGGACCGGUAUUAUAAACCCACGUUAACAGAAUCGGAAGCGUACGACAUCAUCAAGACCUGUGUCUACGAGGUACACCAGCGGCUGUUCCUCAACCUGCCUAAUUUCCAGGUGAAGUUGGUGAACAAGAACGGUAUCAAGGAUCUCCCCAUCAUCACUCCAGCCACAUUCAUCAAAGCUGGAGUGGGGAACACACCGCUAAGCGCGUCUGUUGUUUAAAGUUCUGAGCAGAUAACUUUAUAAUUAGUUAGGCUGUUUAUAAUUUCACUUUGCCUUCCACUUCUACUUAACGAGUUGAAUCUGGCGUCAAAUUUGUGUAACGUUGUUUAGGUUGGUGCUUGUAUAGUUGGAGGGGCAAGCAGGACAGGACAAUAUAUGAGACAUAGUCUGGAGAGAAACGCAAAAUGAACAGGUAACGUAAUAUUUUUUUAUAGUAUAUAGUGGGCAAAUAAGCAGCCGUCUGAUGGUAAGCAAACACCGCAGCUCGUGGACACGGCAAACCGAUACGGGUCAUCGGUGCGUUGCCGACUUUUUGAGAAAGCGAUAUACCUACUCGUUUUCUUGAAAGCCCCAAUGUCGAAACUAUAAUAUGAUCCCAUUUCUCCUUUAUUCUGAUGAAAUAUUAUAUCUAAUUGUUUGAAAUUAACGAAAAGAUAGGAAUUUCUAUAUGUCAAAAUCAUUGUUAUCUCGAUGAUGUGACUAUAUCCACUUAAAAGAGGUAUGUUUACUACGAACUUGUUUAGAAAAUCCUAUGUGCUUGCUAUGCGUGAAACUCUAUCUUUAUUAGGAAUAUUACACUUAUUUAAAUUACCUUAUCUUGUGUAUUUUUCUUACGACAUUAUACAUUACGUUGUCUAUUUCAAUUUACCAACGUUUCAUCUAGGAUGUUAAUAUUUUUUCUAGUGCCUAUUAAUUGACUUAUGAUUGAAUUAUGUUAUCAAUUUAUAUUACAUAUUAAACAAACACCAUUGA